GGCCCAGGCGGCUCUGGCCGCCACCACUGAGGGCAGGCGCGGGCGGGAGAAUGCCCCUGGCCGCCUACUGCUUCUUGCGCGUGGUGGGAAAGGGCAGUUACGGGGAGGUGAGCCUGGUGCAGCACCGCCAGGACGCCAAGCAGUAUGUCAUCAAAAAGCUAAACCUUAAAAAUGCCUCCAAGCGAGAGAGGAAAGCAGCAGAACAAGAGGCCCAGCUCUUGUCUCUCUUGAGGCACCCCAACAUAGUCACCUACCGGGAGUCCUGGGAAGGGGAAGAUGGUUUAUUAUAUAUUGUUAUGGGCUUCUGUGAAGGAGGAGACCUCUAUCGUAAACUUAAAGAACAGAAGGGCAAACUUUUACCAGAGACUCGGGUGGUAGAGUGGUUUGUCCAGAUUGCCAUGGCACUGCAGUAUUUACAUGAAAAACACAUUCUACACCGAGAUCUCAAAACGCAAAAUGUUUUCCUGACACGAACAAAUAUAAUCAAAGUGGGAGAUCUGGGAAUAGCCAGAGUGUUAGAAAAUCAGUACGAUAUGGCCAGUACUCUUAUUGGCACACCUUACUAUAUGAGUCCUGAACUGUUCUCUAGCAAACCUUACAACUACAAGUCUGAUGUUUGGGCUUUAGGAUGUUGUGUUUAUGAAAUGGCCACACUGAAACAUGCCUUCAAUGCUAAAGACAUGAACUCUCUUGUUUAUCAAAUUAUUGAAGGAAAGUUGCCACCAAUGCCAAAGGAUUAUAGCCCACAACUAGUAGAGCUGAUACGAACUAUGCUUAGCAAAAAGCCUGAGGAAAGACCCAGCGUGAAGACCAUACUAAGGCAACCUUAUAUCAAACACCAAAUCACUUUGUUUUUGGAAGCCACAAAAGUAAAAGCAGCCAAAACUCAUAGGAAGAUGGCUGAUCCUAAACCCAAAAGUCCUGCUGUGGUUUUGCUGAAGAUGGACUAUAGUAAGGAUAAUAGUGUACCACAGAGACAUUCCUCUGAGCAAGCCAGGAAAUACAAAGCUAAUGAAGAAAAGCAUUUAAUCAAAGAUAAAGCUGUUGACAUUUGUCACUCGGAGAAAACAGCAGCUGAGCCUGAAAAAACCCCAAUAAAAAAUGAGAUGAACAACAAAAGAGCUUCCAUAGCAACAUUGAGCAAAGUGGAUAUUGAUAUUUUGCUGUCUGAAACAAGGAACUGUAAGAAUGACUGUUCAGUGCAAGAUAAUAAAAUGGGCAAUUUAAGUAUUCCUAGUGAUGCAGAAAUUAAAGUAAAACUUAGUGGCCCACAGACUGAGGACAGUGGACUGCAACAAAACAUAAACCCAGGUUUGGAAGCUGAAAGUAGGGAUUCUAAAAAGUUGCCUGUUGGAGUCAUAGAUGAGAGUCACAAUACUUUGAAGCUCAUGCAGACCAUCUCAGGAGACCAAAAGCAAAUUGAGCAGAGUUUGGAUUAUACUGAGAAGUUGAUGGCACCUUUUGUACCUGUCAUAUUUCAGGAUGAAGUUGUUCAUGGAAAACCUGGAGGAGCUCAGGAAAAAAUCACUUCUCACUUAAAGCCUCAUAGUUCUGCCAGUGAACCCUCCCUCUCACGGCAGCGACGAAAGAAGAAAAAGGAACUAGCUGACAUUUGUUUGGAAAAGUUCAGUGCAAUUGCUUCUCAGCCUCUGCCUUCUCCACCAGAUGUGGAUGUGAAGAUUACCCAAAGCCAUGCAAAUCAACAUGUUGCUGAAGUCUCAGAUUCUGUAAAUAGCUCUAAAAACAGUCAGAUGUUAAUUUUAGAGGAUCGACCCCUGUCAGCAAGAGAGAGGAGGAGACUAAAACAGUCACAGGAAGAGGUGUUUCCUUCUGUGUCUGAUGCAAAACGAACAUCACAUAAUGCAGUAGCUGAAGCAAAAUUACAUGUGGAAAAUCAUAUUAAAGUUUCUCAGUCCUCAUCAGAGUCCAGUGUUUCUCAGAAAAAAAAAAUAACCCAUUGCCUAUCUGAUGAUGAGAUGAGCUCUUCCACAAGUUCCACAGAUAAGUCGGAUGGAGAUUUCAAAGCAGGGAAAAAAAAUACAAAUGAAAUGGACGAUUUGGUUCAGCUUAUGACUUGGACCCUGAAAAUGGACUCUAAAGAGAACUGUGAACACCCCUUAAUCCCAACCCCUGAAUCAGAAUUCAAGUUUCAAAAGAAAUACAGGGAUACUCUUAUCCUAUGUGGAAAAGCAUCUAAUGAACCAGAGGAAUUCAGAUUUGAAGAAUUUCCUUCAGAUGCCUUAUCUGGUCCUAAAAAGAUUAAGAGAAUGGUUGAAAUCUUGAGAUCUGAUGUGGUGCGAGGACUUGGAGUGAAACUUUUAGAGAAAGUAUAUGAUAUCAUGGAGGAAGAAGAUGAGCUGAAGAGAGAGUUACAGUUGCGGGAGCACAUGGGAGAGAAGUAUACCAGUUACAGUGUGAAGGCUCGCCAUCUGAAGUUUCUUGAAGAUAAUGUAAAAUUUUGACUAGCAUCCACUUCUGCCACUGCUG